CACACAGAACACUACCCAAUUUUCUAUUACACUCUCACAGUACCUCUCCUCUCCAAGCUGCAACCAUGACUACAAUGGCCCUCUCAUCUCCCACAUUGUCUGGUAAGGCCCUAAAACUCUCCCCUGCCGCCUCCGAACUCCUCGGUGAAGGUCGCAUCACCAUGCGAAAGACCGCUGCCAAGCCCAAGCCUGUCUCUUCAGCUGGUAGCCCAUGGUACGGCCCAGACCGAGUGAAGUACUUGGGUCCCUUCUCUGGUGAGCCACCAUCCUAUCUAACCGGUGAAUUCCCCGGUGACUACGGUUGGGACACCGCCGGUCUCUCUGCCGACCCCGAGACGUUCGCCAAGAACCGCGAGCUCGAAGUCAUCCACUGCCGGUGGGCCAUGCUCGGCGCACUUGGGUGUGUCUUCCCUGAGUUACUCUCUCGCAAUGGUGUUAAGUUCGGCGAGGCUGUAUGGUUCAAGGCCGGUGCCCAGAUUUUUAGUGAGGGUGGUCUAGACUACUUGGGUAACCCCAGCUUGGUGCAUGCCCAAAGCAUUUUAGCCAUAUGGGCUACUCAAGUCAUUUUGAUGGGCGCCGUAGAGGGCUACCGUAUUGCGGGUGGGCCGCUUGGGGAAGUGACUGAUCCACUCUACCCAGGUGGAAGCUUUGAUCCAUUGGGACUGGCUGAUGAUCCAGAGGCAUUUUCAGAAUUGAAGGUGAAGGAGAUAAAGAAUGGGAGAUUGGCCAUGUUUUCAAUGUUCGGUUUCUUCGUUCAGGCGAUCGUGACUGGCAAGGGUCCGUUGGAGAACUUGGCGGACCACCUCGCCGAUCCUGUGAACAACAAUGCAUGGGCUUAUGCCACCAACUUUGUGCCAGGGAAAUAAGAGAAGAACAUUGUCUGCUCCUUGCAUUUCUAAGUGGUGUGAGUGUGUUUGUGUGGAUUGAAAAUGUAAAUUUGAAAAGGCGAUUGAUUUGGGAAAUGUCAGUUUAGAGCA